CCCCGGCCGGCCGGACCCCGGCUCCGCCCCCGGUCCCGCGCCAAGCCGGCUGAGGCCAUGGACGCGCUGGCCUGGCUGCUUCCCCCGCUCCUGCUGCUCUGCGCGCAGCAGCACCACGGCACCAGAGCAAUGAAUGACAUUGGGGACUACGUUGGCUCCAACCUGGAGAUAUCCUGGCUCCCCAACCUGGACGGUCUGAUGGAGGGCUAUGCCCGCAACUUCCGGCCUGGCAUCGGAGGCCCCCCUGUGAACGUGGCACUCGCCAUCGAGGUGGCCAGCAUUGACCACAUCUCAGAGGUGAACAUGGAGUACACCAUGACGGUGUUUCUACACCAGAGCUGGCGGGACAGCAGGCUGUCCUACAACCACACCAACGAGACCCUGGGCCUGGACAGCCGCUUCGUCGACAAGCUCUGGCUCCCAGACACCUUCAUCGUGAACGCCAAGUCUGCCUGGUUCCACGACGUGACUGUGGAGAACAAGCUCAUCCGGCUGCAGCCCGAUGGGGUGAUCCUGUACAGCAUCCGAAUCACCUCCACGGUGGCCUGUGACAUGGACCUGGCCAAGUACCCCAUGGACGAGCAGGAGUGCAUGCUGCACCUGGAGAGCUACGGCUACUCGUCCGAGGAUAUCACCUACUACUGGUCUGAAAACCAGGAGCAGAUCCACGGGCUGGACAAGCUACAGCUGGCCCAGUUCACCAUCACCAGCUACCGCUUCACCACAGAGCUGAUGAACUUCAAAUCGGCUGGCCAGUUCCCCCGGCUCAGCCUGCAUUUCCACCUUCGGAGGAACCGGGGCGUCUACAUCAUCCAGUCCUACAUGCCCUCCAUCCUCCUGGUCGCCAUGUCCUGGGUCUCCUUCUGGAUCAGUCAGGCCGCGGUGCCCGCCAGGGUGUCUCUAGGCAUCACCACGGUGCUGACCAUGACCACACUGAUGGUCAGUGCCCGCUCCUCCCUCCCGCGGGCAUCGGCCAUCAAGGCGCUGGAUGUGUACUUCUGGAUCUGCUACGUCUUUGUGUUUGCCGCGCUGGUGGAGUACGCCUUCGCCCACUUCAGUGCCGACCACCGGAGGAAGCAAAAGGCCAAGGUCAAGGUCAAAGAGCAGAGGGCAGAGAUGGACGUGAAGAAUGCCAUCGUGCUCUUCUCCCUCUCGGCUGCUGGCGUCACCCAGGAGCUGGCCGUGUCCCGCCGGCAUUGCCGCACGGCUGGGAACCUCAUGGGCUCCUACAGGUCAGUGGAGGUGGAGACCGGGGAGACCAAGAAGCACGGGGGGCCCCUCUCAGGGGGUCAGGGGAGCCUCCGUGCGCUCUUCAAGCCCAUCGACGCAGACACCAUCGACAUCUACGCCCGUGCCGUGUUCCCUGCGGCCUUUGCUGCUGUCAACGUCAUCUACUGGGCGGCAUACACCAUGUGAGGCCGGAUGGCGGGCUGCGCUUGUCCUGUUGCCCAGAACCUCCUGGGAGCAGGGACCCUCAGAUGGAUCUGCCUGCUCCAUGUCUCAAAGUGGGGACGACUACGGACCACAUAAAACAAGAGGAAAACCUUGGCCCCCCAAAGCCUCUCGCUGUGUCCCCACCCUCCUGGACACCACCUGGGGCUCUCCCACACACCUAUCCUGCAGACACCCCCGUCCAGCUCCUCCUUCCCAGCGGUAGAGCCCGCCUGACCCCGAGGCUGAGCCAGGUGGGAGCAGGGCCCUCAAGGGGCUAUGCAUUUGACUCAGAAAUGGUCCUGCUUCUAGGACUUUGCUCUGUGGGAUAGGGACCAGGGAGCAGGAGGAGGCCAGGUGUGGACGGUGCUCAUUGUCUUGGUGAAAUGGUGAAGAAGGACGUUCGUGGGCCUUUGGUCCCAGCAUGAAAUAAAACAAAGCCUUU